GGUCUCGAUGCAUUGGGAUUUUUCUCAGCGCCGACACAAAGUGAUUCUUCCUUUCAAAACCAUCUGAUAAGGUGCUGGUCAAACACACUGCCAUGCGAGCCGCUUUGAGUUGUGACAGAACGGGACUAGAACGGACACCAUGCAGAUGCAUACGUAGCGGCGCGAGGAAACUUGACGGACUGGGGAUUUUCGCACUAAUGAAGGUUGGGGUACCAGCGCACAAUUGGAGUCCGUUUCUCUUCUUAUACAUGGGAUUGCUGGCUGCUUCGGCUGAGGCUCAGAACUGCAGCUACACACUGCGCGGCCCCAAUGGCACCAUUGAAAGCCCGGGGUAUCCCUAUGGGUACCCCAACUAUGCCAACUGCACCUGGGUGCUGCUGACUCAGGACCACACCCGGAUCCAGCUGCUGUUCCAGGGCUUCGCUCUGGAGGAGGACUUUGACAUUCUGUCCGUGUACGACGGGCUGCCCAGCCCCGCCAACCUGCGCACCAGGUUGACCGGCUUCCAGCUGCCCGCCCCCAUAGUCAGCUCGGGGCCCCGCCUCACGCUGUGGUUCCUUUCUGACUAUGCUGUCAGCGGCCAGGGCUUCAGGGCCUCCUAUGAAGCUCUGCCCACCUACACCUGCGGGAACCCGGGGCCCCUGCAGAACGGCCUCCAGCUGGGCUCCAGCUUCAGCAUCGGGGACAAGGUCCGCUACAGCUGCAGCGUGGGGUACACGCUGGAGGGACACUCCGUCCUGUCCUGCCAGGCCACCUCCAGCGGUACAGCCGCAUGGGACUUCCCACUACCCUACUGCAGAGCGGAUGAUGGGUGUGGUGGAACGCUGCGGGGUCAGAGUGGGGUCAUCACAAGUCCAAACUACCCCCAAGACUACAACAACAAUGCAGAUUGCACCUGGACCAUCCUGGCCGAGCCGGGGGACACCAUCGCCCUGGUGUUCUCCCAGUUCCAGCUGGAGGACGACUACGACGUGUUGGAGAUCCGUGGUACAGAGGGCUCCUCACAGUGGUUCACCGGCUCCACUCUCCCAUCCCCCAUUAUUAGUAGUAAGAACUGGCUCAGGUUGCACUUCACGUCUGAUGGGAACCACAGGAUGCAAGGAUUCAGCGCACAAUAUCAAGUGAAGAAAAUGAAUGAACAGAAGUCAAGAGGAGUGAAGAUGCUGCCCAGUAAAGACAACCAACAGAAGAUCUCUGUGUUGUCACAGAUGGGCGUGGCUCAGGGACGUAACCUGUGUCCGGACCCGGGGAUCCCCGAGCGAGGGAAGAGGAAAGGCUCGGACUUCAGGAGAGGUUCCUCAGUGCACUUCUCUUGUGACGAGGGCUAUGAACUGCAGGGCUCCAAGAGCAUCACCUGCCUGCGAGUGACGGACAGCUACGUGGGCUGGAGCGAUGACCGGCCAGUCUGCAGAGCGCCCAUGUGUGGGGGACAGCUCCGCGGACCCAGUGGCAUCAUCACUUCGCCCAACUACCCCAUCCAGUACGACAACAAUGCCAACUGCACCUGGGUCGUCACGGCAGUGGACCCCUUCAAGGUGAUCAAGUUGACAUUUGAGGACUUUGACUUGGAGCGUGGCUAUGACACCCUGACAGUCGGUGAUGGAGCAUCAGUCGGAGACCAGAAGACCAUAUUUCACGUGCUGUCUGGUACCACCACACCGGACCUGGUGGUCAGCACUAGCCACCAGAUGUGGCUCAACUUCAGGACUGAUGACACCAGUGGAUCCCUGGGGUUCAAGGUAUCCUAUGAAGAGAUUGACCAAGGGAGCUGUGGAGACCCAGGGAUUCCAGCCUAUGGCAAGCGGGAAGGGUCAAGCUUUCAGCACGGGGACAAGCUGUACUUUGAAUGUCUGCCUGCGUUCGAGCUGGUUGGGAAGAGGAACAUCACUUGUCAGAAGAACAAUCAAUGGUCAGCCAAGAAGCCCAGCUGUGUCUUUUCCUGUUUCUUCAACUUCACCACCCCGUCGGGCGUGCUCCUCUCGCCCAAUUACCCCCAGGACUACGGCAACAGCAUGCACUGCGUCUGGCUGAUCAUCGCCCGCCCAGAGAGCCGCAUCAACCUGGCCUUCAACGACCUGAGUCUGGAGAAGCAGUUUGACUUCCUGUCCGUCAAGGACGGCAGCAAGGCGGAAUCGCCCAUCCUGGGCACCUUUUCGGGCGACGUUCUGCCCUCACCCAUCACCACCAGCGCCCACGUGGCCCGGCUGGAGUUCCUGACCGACCACACCAACACGGACCGCGGGUUCAACAUCACGUUCACCACAUUCCGGCACAAUGAGUGCCCAGACCCCGGGGUGCCGGUCAACGCCCGCCGCAGGGGCGAGAGGCUGCAGCUGGGCAGCUCUGUGUCCUUCGAGUGCGAGGAGGGAUUCGUGAGGACGCAGGGCUCCCUGACCAUCUCCUGCGUGCUGAAGGAGGGGAGCGUGGUGUGGGACAGCACUGUGCCACGCUGCGAGGCUCCCUGUGGUGGGACCCUGAAGGCCUCUAGCGGGGUCAUCCUCUCCCCAGGGUGGCCCGAGCUCUACAAAGAGGCGCUGAACUGCGAGUGGGUCAUCUUAGGUCCGCUCGGGAACCCCAUCAAGAUCAUCUUUGAUAAGUUUCGAACAGAGGUCAACUACGACGUCCUAGAGAUCCGGGACGGGCAGCUCCCUUCCUCUCCCCUGAUUGGCAGUUACCAUGGCACCCAGGUGCCCCAGUUCCUGAUCAGCACUUCCAACGUCCUGCACCUGCUGUUCUCCACUGAUAAGAGCCACUCCGACACCGGCUUCCGAAUCCGUUACGAAACCGUGGAGCUGCAGUCCGAUCACUGCAUAGACCCAGGGAUCCCCGUUAACGGCCAGAGGCAUGAGAAUGACUUCUACGUGGGGGCCCUGGUGACGUUCAGCUGUGAGCCGGGGUACUCCUUAAGUGACGAGGCCCCUCUGGAGUGUGAGCCCAACUUCCAGUGGAGUCGACCCCUCCCCAGCUGCGAUGCUCUAUGCGGAGGGUAUAUCCAGCGGAACUCUGGGACCAUCCUGUCCCCUGGUUUCCCUGACUACUAUCCCCACAACCUGAACUGCACCUGGACCAUCGAGACAUCUCACGGGAAAGGUGUGCAGUUCACCUUCCACACCUUCCACCUGGAGAGCCCUCAUGACUACCUCCUGGUGACGGAGAACGGCAGCUUUUCCCAGCCACUGUGGAGCCUGACGGGUUCCUCCCUGCCCCCGCCGCUGAGCGCAGGCCUCUUCGGGAACUUCACCGCCCAGAUACGCUUCCUGUCCGACUUCUCUGUCUCCUACGAGGGCUUCAACAUCACCUUCUCUGAAUAUGACCUGGAGCCCUGCGAGGAUCCUGGCGUCCCCCCUUUCAGCACUCGUAAGGGCCUGCAGUACGGGGUGGGGGACUCCCUCAUCUUCUCCUGUUUCCCAGGUUACCGGCUGGAGGGACCGUCUCGGGUCACGUGCCUGGGGGGGCGGCGGCGGGUGUGGAGCUCGGCUCUGCCAAGGUGUGUUGCUGAAUGUGGUUCCUCAGUGACAGGCAGACAGGGGGUCCUGCUGUCACCAAACUACCCUGCUUAUUACAGCAACAACCAUGAAUGCAUCUACUCCAUCAGAACACAGCCAGGCCGCGGGGUGCAGCUCCGAGCAAGAGACUUCCACCUGCAGGAGGGCGACUUGCUGAAGGUCUAUGAUGGCAGCGAUAACCAUGCUCGCCUGCUGGGCGUCUUCACGGCCAGAGAGAUGCUGGGCGUGACCCUGAACAGCACGUCCAGUUCCCUGUGGCUGGAGUUCAUCAGCGAUGCAGAGAACACCAGCAAGGGCUUCCAGCUGCACUUCACCAGUUUUGAGCUGUUGAAGUGUGAGGAUCCAGGCGUGCCCCAGUACGGCUACAAGAAAGAGGACAGGGGUCACUUUGCGGGCAGCAGGGUGUCGUACAGCUGCGAGGCGGGAUACACUUUGAGGGGCAGUGAGGUGUUGACGUGCCUGAGAGGGGAGAGACGUGCCUGGAACAACCCCCUCCCUCAGUGUGUUGCGGAGUGUGGCGGGGAGAUUAAGGGGGAGACCGCAGGGCGUAUCCUCUCGCCCGGUUACCCAGCACCUUAUGAUCACAACCUGCACUGUGUGUGGACCAUCGAGGCAGAGCCUGGAAGCACAAUUGGGCUGCACUUCCUGGUCUUCCACACGGAGGAGGUCCACGACGUGCUGCGGAUUUGGGACGGGCCUCAGGAGGGCGGGGUCCUGCUCCGGGAGCUGAGCGGGUCCGUCCUUCCCCCUGACGCCCACAGCACCUUCAACACCGUCAGCGUGCACUUCACCACCGACUUCUUCACCAGCAAGCAGGGCUUUGUGCUGGAGUUCUCCGUCGCUACUGCCACUUCCUGUAAUGAUCCGGGCAUGCCUACCAAUGGCACGCGCAACGGAGAUAGCAGAGAGCCUGGUGAUCACAUGACCUUCCGGUGCGAUCCUGGAUAUGUCCUGCAGGGGGCAAGCAAGAUCACCUGCACAGAGAUCAAUAGCCGCUUCUUCUGGCAACCUAGCCCUCCCACCUGCACAGCACCGUGUGGGGGUAAUCUGACGGGUCCCGGAGGGCUCAUCCUGUCCCCAGAGUACCCGGAGCCCUAUCCUCACGGCCGAGAGUGUGACUGGACUGUCACAGUAGCGUCUGACCAUGUCAUCGUGCUCAGCUUCAACCAGUUCAGUCUGGAGCCCAGUUAUGACUUCCUGCACAUCUACGACGGUCCAGACUCUCUCAGCCCUCUCCUGGGCAGCUUUUAUGGCACGGAGGUCCCGGAUCGAAUCGAGAGCAGCUCCAAUACGCUUUUCCUGGCCUUCCGCAGCGACGCCUCCCUCAGCAGCAACGGCUUCAUACUACAGUAUACCGAAAUCCCGCGAGAGUCCUGCUUCGAGCCUGGCGAGGUCAGAAACGGAUCGCGCAUCGGUUCUGACCUUAAGCUCGGCACGACCGUCACCUUCUCCUGCGACAGCGGUUACGUGAUCGACGGGGACGCCACUCUCACCUGCAUCAUGGGAGGGGAUGGAAAGCCAAACUGGAACAAACCACGACCCACCUGCAUAGCACCUUGUGGUGGGCAGUACUCUGGGCCGGAGGGUGUUGUGUUAUCGCCUGGUUACCCUGGUAACUACACCAGCGGCAUGAGCUGUCUCUACUCUGUGGUCGUGCCAAAGGACUACGUGGUGUUCGGCCAGUUCGCCUUCUUCCAGACGGCCCUGAACGAUGUGGUAGAGGUGUACGAUGGAGCGACGCAGCACGACAGAAUCCUCAGCUCUCUGUCAGGGGCACACUCGGGCGAGGCCCUGCCCCUGGCCACCUCCCACCAGAUCCUGGUGCGCUUCCUCUCCAGAGGGAAGGCAACCGCACGCGGAUUCCACCUCGUCUACCAAGCGGUGCCCAGGACCAGUGCCACGCAGUGCAGCUCUGUCCCGGAGCCGCGGAACGGAAAGCGCAUUGGGAACAACUUCUCCGUGGGCGCUGUGGUUCGCUUCGAGUGCAGCUCGGGGUACGCUCUGCAAGGAUCCCGGGCCAUCGUGUGCGAGACCGUCCCCAACACGCUGGCCCAGUGGAACAGCUCCGUCCCCACCUGUGUCGUGCCAUGUGGGGGGAAUCUGACCCAGAGGACUGGAACCAUCUUGUCUCCAGGUUUUCCGGAACCAUACCUGAACAGCCUGAACUGCGUGUGGAAGAUUUCAGUUCCAGAGGGUUCAGGUAUCCAGAUCCAGGUCAUCAGCUUUGUGACAGAGCACAACUGGGACUCUCUGGAAGUGUUUGAUGGUGGUGACAACACAGACACCCUACUGGGAAGCUUCUCAGGUACGACCGUGCCCGCUCUUCUGAACAGCACUUCUAACCAGCUCCACCUGCACUUCUUCUCUGACAUCAGUGUGUCUGCGGCCGGCUUCCACCUGGAGUACAAGACGGUGCCUCUCACCAGCUGCCCGGAGCCGCAGGUUCCAAUGAACGGGUUUAAGAUCGGAGACCGCUUUCAGAUGAACAACGUAGUGUCCUUCCAGUGCGAGCCAGGCUACACACUGCAGGGACAUGCCCACGUCUCCUGCAUGCCAGGAACCGUGAGACGCUGGAACUUUCCUCCUCCACUCUGCAUCGCUGAAUGUGGGGGAAUUCGUGAGGAGAUGGAAGGCUGGAUUCUGAGUCCAGGUUUCCCAGGAAACUACCCUAGCAACAGUGACUGCACCUGGAGCAUCUACUUGCCCGUGGGAUAUGGUGCCCACCUACACUUUCUCAACUUCUCAACCGAGGCCAACCACGACUUCCUUGAGAUCCGCAAUGGCCCCUUUGAAACGAGCUCUGUGAUUGGCCGGUUCACUGGACAGGACAUCCCACCCUCAGUGCUGACCACUUCCCAUGAAACCACAGUGUACUUCCACAGUGACCACUCCCAGAACAGACCGGGCUUCAGGUUCAAAUACCAGGCCUAUGAGCUCCAGGAAUGCCCUGACCCAGAGCCCUUCCGGUAUGGUGUGGUGGUGGGUUCUGGGUACAAUGUGGGCCAGUCCAUCUCCUUUGAGUGCCAGCCAGGGUACUACCUGUUGGGCCACUCGGUCCUCACCUGUCAGCAUGGGACCACUCGCAGCUGGGACCACCCCUUUCCCAGGUGUGAAGCUCCCUGCGGUAGAAACAUCACCGCGAACAGCGGAACCAUCUUCUCUCCAGGCUACCCUGAGGAGUGCCCCAGCCCUGUUGACUGCACCUGGCUGAUCACCGUGACGCCGGGCUUGGGGGUGCGGCUCAAUUUGACCCUCCUCCAGGUCUAUGGGCCCCAUGACAUCAUCACCAUUUGGGAUGGACCCCAGGAGAGUGCCCGAAAACUGGGAGUGUUCAGCAGGGCAGAGCAGGGCGACUCCCCCAGCAGCACCUCCAACCAAGUCCUCAUCCGCUUCCAUAGUGAAACAGAGAGAGGCGGGCUUUUCAGAAUCACCUAUCAAGCCUACAGACUUCAGUACUGUCCACCACCUCCUAUUGUACCGAAUGCAGAAAUUAUGAUGGGCAGCAAAGACUUCAGAAUGGGUGACGUCGUCCGCUACAGGUGUCUGUCGGGGUUCCGGAUGACUGGGAACGACAUCCUCACCUGUCGACUGGGGACUCACCUGGAGUUCGAGGGACCGCCCCCGUCCUGUGAAGUGACCUGUCCCACAAACGAGGUUCUGACUGACUCCACGGGGGUGAUCCGCAGCCAAACUCCGGGCACCAGCGCCCCCCACUUUCAGACGUGCUCCUGGCUGGUUCAGGUGGAGCCGGGGUACAACAUCUCCCUCAACAUUGAGCUCUUCCAGACCAGCCGGCAUUUUGACCAGAUGGAGAUGUUUGACGGUCCCUCCCGUCAAAGUCCCCUCCUUGCCACGCUGAGCGGAAACUACUCUUCCCCACUCAGCAUCACCAGUUCCUCCAAUAAGGUCUAUCUGCACUGGACCUCCGACCACACCUCCGGCCACAAGGGCUUCCGGAUUCGCUACUCAGCGUCAUACUGCAGUCCCCCCAGCCCCCCUGCCAAUGGUUCAAUCCACAGCCUGACGGGCACCAAGCUGGGCAGCACCAUGCGCUUCAGCUGUGACCAGGGCUACCUUCUGAUUGGGCAGAGCACCGCCACAUGCACGCGAACCCCCCAGGGCUUGUAUCAGUGGAGUGCUCCUGUACCCCUCUGCCAAGUGGUGUCCUGUGGCAUACCAAUGCCCCCAGCUAACGGUACGGUGUUGGGCCGAGAUUACACCCUGGGCUCCACGGCCAUCUUCCAGUGCAACUCAGGCUUCCGAACGUCCGACGGCCAUGCCCAGGCCAUCACCUGCCAGGAGCCUGGGAGGUGGAGCCCCAGAGAGACCCCGCCCCGCUGCACUGUGGUGACCUGCCCUGAUAUUGGCCUCUCUGCAGUGCCUCAUGGGAGAUGGAGGCUGAUCUAUGGAAUCCACAAUCAGUUCAACUCUGCCUUGAUGCUCACUUGUGACCCUGGCUACUAUUAUAGGGGUCAGCGGGUUAUUCGCUGCCAGGCCAACGGGACCUGGGACUACCCAAACCCCAGGCCUUCCUGCAACAUUCUCUCUUGUGGGGCCCUGGGCACCCCUGCCAAUGGGAAUAAAAUUGGGACCCUGACUGUGUACGGAGCCACCGCCAUCUUCUCCUGCAACACGGGCUUCACCCUGGUGGGGUCACAAGUCCGAGAGUGUUUGUCCUGUGGACUCUGGAGUGGAACUGAGGUCCGGUGUCUUGCGGGUCACUGUGGUCCUCCUGAGCCCAUAGUUAAUGGACAGAUCAUCGGGGAAAAUUAUAACUACCGUGGGAGCGUGGUGUACCAGUGUAACCCGGGGUUACGGCUGAUCGGCGUGUCGGUGCGGAUCUGCGACCAGAACCACCGCUGGUCGGGGAGAGCUCCUGUCUGCGUCCCCAUCACCUGCGGUCACCCAGGUAACCCAACCAACGGCGUGACGCAGGGCACCAAAUUCAACCUCAACGACAUCGUGCAGUUCGUCUGCAACACGGGGUACGUGCUGGAGGGGGCGGUCAAGUCCCACUGCCAGCCCAACGGCCAGUGGAGCAACACCCUGCCGACGUGCAAAAUAGUGAACUGCACAGACCCCGGUCAUGUGGAGAACAGCAUUCGCCAGGUCCUGUCCGCCGGCCCCCACCGCUUCAGCUUCCAGACCAGCGUGUCGUACCGCUGUAACCCGGGUUACUACCUGCUGGGCUCCAGCACGCUGUCCUGCCAGGGGGACGCCACGUGGGACCGCUCCCGGCCCAAAUGCCUCCUGGUUCUCUGUGAUCGGCCCAGCGUUCCCCCGUACGGUCAGAUUUCGGGGGACCGGCGCACCGUGGGCUCGGUGAUCCGCUUCAGCUGCCAGGGCCAGCGCAGCCUCAUCGGGAACUCGACCAGGAUGUGUCAGCUGGAUGGCCACUGGAGCGGGUCCAUGCCCCACUGCUCCGGAGACUAUGGUGUUUGCGGGGAUCCUGGUAUCCCACACCACGGCAUUCGUCUGGGGGAGCAGUUCUCUGUGGGCAGUGUGCUGCACUUCAGCUGUGAGCCUGGAUACGUGCUGAAGGGCUCCUCUGAGAGGACCUGCCAGGCCGACGGCACCUGGGCAGGCAUCCAGCCAGAGUGCCAUGUGUUGUCCUGUGGGAAUCCGGGUACACCUCUAAAUGCCCAGAUUCUGUUCCACGAUGAGCUGGUGUUCUCCCACUCCAUCACCUACGCCUGUCGCGAGGGCUACUAUUCAUCCGGGCUGCUGACCCGACACUGCACAGUGAACGGCACGUGGACCGGGGCCAUGCCAGAGUGCACAGUGAUCAACUGUGGGGACCCAGGCGUACCCGCCAAUGGCAUGAGGUUCGGGAGCGACUUCACGUAUAACCACAGUGUUACGUUCCAGUGCUCCCCCGGAUUCACCAUGGAGCCAGACCAUGCUUCCAGUCUCAUUUGCAUGAAAGACCGGGCCUGGAACGGGACCAAGCCCACCUGUAAAGCCAUUGUGUGUGGUGCGCCACCCAGCAUCCCUAAUGGGCAUGUGGUUGGCACAGACUUCCAGUGGGGCUCCAGUGUGAGCUACACCUGUGUGGAGGGAUACCAGCUGUCCCUGCCUGCCGUGCUCACCUGCGGGGGCAAGGGGGACUGGAGCGGGGAGCGCCCUCAGUGCUUCCCUGUGUUCUGUGGAGACCCGGGUGUCCCAGCUCAGGGCCGCAGAGACGACCGUGGCUUCACCUUCCUCUCCUCGGUGGUCUUUUCCUGCUUCCCCCCACUGGUGCUGGUGGGCUCGGCCCGGCGGUACUGCCAGUCGGACGGGACCUGGAGCGGAACGCAACCCUCCUGCAUAGAUCCCAGUCACACUAGUUGUGUGGACCCUGGAGGCCCUCUGUUUGGACAUCAGAACAACUCUCAGGGCUAUCAGAUUGGCAGCACCCUGCUCUUCAGCUGUAGGAAGGGCUAUCUGCUCCAGGGCUCUGUGUCACGCACCUGCCUGCCCAACCUCACCUGGAGCGGCACGCAGCCGGAGUGUGUGGCGCAUCACUGCAGCCAGCCAGAGCUGCCCCCCAAUGCUGACGUCAGCGCUAUUGAGCUGCCCUCUCUGGGCUACACCCUCCUCUACACCUGCCAGCCCGCCUUCUACCUGAUUGGGGGCUCAGAACACAGGACCUGCCGUUCCGACGGUAGCUGGACAGGAAAACCACCUGUUUGCGCAGCGGACAACAGACCAAGUGGCACAACCUUUGGAACCAUACACGAACCACCUAAUUCAAAACUCCCAGUACCCGCUGGUGUCUUUGCGAAGGGCUCCCAGUGGAAAGGCUCCUACGAGUACUUGGGGAAGAAGCAGCCAGCCAUGUUGACCGUGACGGCCUUCGAUCCCCUCAGUAACCAUGUCAACGGCACUCUGACCGACCACAGCGGUGUUGAGCUGAAGCUGGCAGGUGUCUACAGGACCGAGGACGCCCACCUGCUGGUCCAGGUGUACCAGAUCCGUGGGCCUGUGGAGAUCUUUGUUAAUAAGUUCAAGAGUGAGAGCUGGGCUUUGGAUGGACACGUGUCAUACGUGGCCUCCACCAAUUCCUUCGUCUACCAGGGCUUUGUUCGGGGGAAGGGCUUCGGUCAGUUUGGCCUGCAGAGGAUAGAUUCGGAGACUUUCGGCCGGGACAAAGAGAUCAUGAGCUACAGCUUCACCUUCAACAGCAGCUCAGUGGCUGCAGCCAUCCUUGUACCUUUCAUAGCCACCAUCAUAGCGGGGUUCGCCCUGUACCUCUACAAACACAGGAGAAGACCCAAAGUCCCCUUCAACGGUUACGCGGGCCACGAAAACUCCAACGGGAGAGCAACCUUCGAGAACCCCAUGUACGACCGCAACAUACAGCCGACGGACAUGGCGACCGGCGAGACAGAGUUUACAGUCAGCACUGUGUGCACGGCGGUGUAGCGCCCCCUGGUUGCGGUCAGUUGUUGCCUGGAUUCCCAAGGCAAAGGCUGUUCUGUUACAUCAUAUGUCUUCAUCCAGACUCCGCCCCCAGAAUUCUGUGUCUCCGGGUUCGAGGGGGCGGGUCCACGGCCGGUGUGUUGGCAGGAGGCAGCGUGUGAGGAAGAAGAGUCGCCGCGGGGAAUCUAUAAA